AUGGGUAUAUUUUCAGUACUUGAGCAAGGGGACACCACAGCUGCCGAUUGCAAGCUGCUCCUGGCGAACUAUUUCCCAUCCGAGUUCACACAUGCUGAUCAGGAGCUCGUUGAGAUGUUUAUCGCCACAGCAACGCGGUGGCUCAGCCGCAGUAACAUGCAAGUGGCAUCUCAGGAGGUCGUGGUCGACGUGCUGGAGAAGAUGAUCGGGGCAGCAGACGUCAUGUCUGUUGAGUCUGCUGCACCGGUCGAUGCCGCGGCAGGCAUCUCGCAGGGCGACAACGGCGUUGAAGUCCGAGCUGACCAUCGGGAGUGGAUCCAGCAGCUGUGUUGGAAGAGAACAACGCUGGCAGAGCGAUGUGGCGCACUCUUCAGGCGACUCUUGCAUGCGCUUGAGGAGGUGUACAAGCUGGACAAGCUCUACGGCCACCAGGAUAAAAUUCGGGAUUAUUUACGCAGCGCUCUCGAGACGGCACACAACAAGUACGGGUCCAAAUGCGAGGUCGAUGGCCGUCCCUGGAUAAGUCACGUCAAGAACUGCCAGGAUGACUCAGCGACUUCUAUGUCCAGUGCGAACUGCUCUCGAAGACCGUCAGGUCCACCUCCGUCGUAGAUGCGCCGUAUGGUGAGGAACAGCUGUCCGAACUAGGGGCUGUCGUCAUUGUCUGGACCGCAGCCAUCAUCGCCGACCGAAUUGCUCACACCAUCCAACCCACCACAAGGACUCGCCCACGCCGAGCCGCAUCGCACAAUGUCACCCGAGGGUUCUUCGGUGCCAGCCAUAGAUGCGCCCGGACGUCGGAGCUCGCGGUAUUCGUUAUCGGCCACCAAGCACAAGCCGCGACGUCAUGCGAUGGGAGGGGUAAGGGGAACAAAAUCGAUGGACGAGCUGGCGAGACCAGAGGCAGCGUGCGUAGAACAGCCUGAGGGACGGGGGAGAUCAUGGGAUUGACGGUGCGGACUCCGAAUGCUAAACGCGUAUAUUCCACCGACACAAGCAGUAGUAGAUUAUGCUGACGAAUUUGUCGUUCAUGCAUGCGAUAGUGAUAGCGCGAGUGCGGAGACCGUUGUACGAAUGCUUUGGACUCAAAUAUGACGAUAUAGUUGCUCAGUC